AUGGACGAUAAUACUUCUACACCGGUGACCCCGCAUAUAGCUAGUGCCUCGAUAUGGGAAGGAAAUCUAGGAGACAUAUAUCCACCCGAUGGAGGAAGCCAACAGGCUAAAGACGUCAUCAAUGCCCUUGAAAGCGCCGGAAUACCAUGCUGCUUAGAUUGGACAAUCUGCGUUCCAACAGAACAAUUAAGCGCUGCAUCAUCUGUUCUACAAUCACAAUCUACUCAUGAAUUGUGCGCUCCCCGUAAUCCGUAUCCUGAAAGGCUGUUUCAUACAUUUCCCCUAUUCAAACUCAAAGGAUCCGUUGCCUGGAUCCAGUUAGUUCCUUCCUCAGAUUGCCAUUUUGAAUGCACCCCUUCCAAUUUCGAGCGGAGCCAUAAAGGUCUUCCCUACGCUCGCCUGGACAUCUUCGCACAAAGCCUACUCGACACAUACGAUUGGGUUGAUCUGGUUGAUCUGGUUGACGGGAUGGACCUUUCUCCAGAAUGGGGUAUCGAAAACUUGCAGCUGGAUGGCACCGUCGACGUCGCUUGGGCUGAGAGAAAGAAUGAGGCUAUUAGGGCGUCUGUGCCUCUAACAGACUCAUCGUGUCUUCUUGAGGUUAACACGACGCCGUGGGGGAGAAGAGAGAUUUGGGAGAGAAUUGUGGGGGGUAAACAGAGUAGGAUUGGUCCUGAAAUUCCCAAGGAGUUUUGGGCGACGAGGUUUCGGCCGAAGGGCGAUCAGGAUCCGAGGUUACCGCGUGAGAAACGAGCAUUCGAUCCCUUGAAAGAUGUCGAGUGCUCCGGUGAUCCUAGUAAUUACGACGUUGUGGUUGUGAAUUGGGGUCAAGUGGCGGAAACUUGA